GAAUUAUGAAACUAGUAGAAAAUAAUGAAGAACGGUACUAUGAUAUAUGUAUAAAACUUUUCAGAAAUUUAGGAGUAUUUCAUUCUGUAAAUAAUACUGCUAAAUAUAAUUCUGAACGUUGUAGAAAUUUAAACAGCUGGUUAUAUUAUAUAAUAAAGGAUUAUAAUGUUCAUCAAGAUGAUUUUACGCUAAUUUUCGAAGCAUCUAAAAGUAUAUUGAAAGAACGUGCUAAGAAUCCCUACUGCAGUAACUAUUUAUAUAAGGAUAAAUAUAACGACCCAGAUAAAAUAAUAAAGUUAAUAAAUUUGGAAGAUUAUAUGAAUGAUUUUAUAAGUAUCUUAAAGAAUAACGAUCAUCAUAAUCACUGUUUAUGUCUAAAAUUCAUUUUUU